AUGAAUAACAACCAAAAUUACUUUGAGCUUUAUAGAAGAUCGAGGUUGGUUCUAUAUGUAGGCAUAGCGCUUACUGAUAGCCUCGACGAACUCAUUACAUCUGGACAUAUCAACCCAGAGUUGGCUAUGAAAGUACUCACGCAAUUCGAUAAAUCUAUGAUGAACGCACUAUCAAACCAAGUGAAGAAUAAAACUCAAAUGAGAGGACAUCUCCACACUUAUAGAUUGUGUGACGAAGUCUGGACGUUUAUAGUAAAGAAUCCAACGUUUAAAGUUGAUCAGGGUGAUUUGGUGAACGCUAACAAGAUAAAGAUCGUCGCUUGCAGGAACAACGACAGU